AAAGAGUGUUGCCUAGAUUGAAUUAUUACAAAGAUAAUUAAUUAUUAAUGUGCUUUUAAAUUUCGAAGCAAUGGAAUCGGAUUCAUUUCUCCGUGUAAACGAGACAUACGAAGACUUUUACAACAGAUGUAAUAAUCUGACAUGCUUCGAUUGUAGUGAAGAGGAAAUGCUGUGGUGGUUGAUGGGUUCACGUAGACUACCAUUGAACGAAAUCGUGCCGCUUAGUGUAGUACUCGUGGUUAUAUUUUUGACCGGUGUAAUAGGUAACGUGUGUGUAUGUGUCGUAAUUGUGAGAAAUUCGGGGCUACACACCGCGACCAACUAUUAUUUAUUCAGUUUGGCUGUAAGUGACUUACUGCUGCUUUUGUUUGGUCUUCCAAAUGAUCUUGCAGUUUACUGGCACCAAUAUCCUUACAGUUUGGGUUUAGUUUUCUGCAAACUUCGAGCAUUCAUAUCGGAAGCGGCAACAUACGUAUCGGUUCUGACAAUAUCAGCUUUCUCUCUGGAACGGUACUUGGCUAUCUGUCAUCCUCUACAUCUUUAUGCGAUGGCGGGUCUCACGCGGGCGUCUCGCAUCAUCGUGAUCCUGUGGAUGCUGGCCUUCAUCAGCGCUUCGCCCUUCGCUCUCUACAGUGACAUCAGCUAUCGAGACUACCCUCCGAAUUCCGGCAACUUGUCCUUGGAUUCCGCCUUCUGCACACUAACGGCGUCAUCUCCCCUUCUCGAGAUCAGCAGCAUCUUCUUCUUCUUCGUGCCAGCUAUUCUAAUACUUUGUUUGUAUAUAACUAUGGGAAUACAUAUCCGGUCAACUCGAGUGAGCUCAAAGGCGAAGCAAGGGCUGUUCAAAGAUCAUGUGCACGGUGAAUCUAGACAGGCGAAGUCAAGAAAGGCGGUUGUUCGGAUGCUGGUGGCAGUAGUGAUAGCAUUCUUCGUGUGCUGGACCCCGUUUCACGUACAACGCCUAUUCUUUAUCUACGGCUACGACCACCCUCAGUUCCACGUGAUCAACGAGCAUCUCUUCAACGUUGCUGGUGCCUUGUACUACGUGUCGGCGACUGUUAAUCCGAUUCUUUACAACGUUAUGAGCGCUCGAUACAGAAUGGCUUUCCACGAGACACUCCUCUGCAAGCAUGGCGCUGAUCGCAACAGUUUCGAAUAUUCGCGUCGUGAAACAACUAUGUCUACAUACGUCAAACCUAAGUCCAGUUUCUAUCAAGAACCUAGGAUCCCGUUGAGCAAAUUGGACUUUGUGAAGGAUGACUCGCCGUUUUGUAUCGAAACAAAAAUUGACGAAAAAACAAUUUUCUAUUUUCCAAAUGGUGAUAAUAAAAAUAUACAAGAUGAUAAUCGUACUGAAGAAAUUCAGUAAAACUUUUUUAAUAAAUUUAUUGUUUAUGGUUGUAGACCAAGAGCGCGU